ACCCCCUCUCCGCCAUCAGCACCACUCUCGCCGCCCCCCACCAUGCCGGCGGGGAUGAAGCCCCUGGAGAAGUUCCUGAAGAAGCAGACCACCGCGCUGACCCGGGCCGGGGGCUUCGUGGGCGGGGUGGCGGACAAGGCCAGCGGAGGAACCGGAGCGUCCCGGCGGAGGGCCAGUCUGUCCCGGGUCGUCCCCUUCUUCAGGGAGACGUCCCCUGAGGGAGGACAGGCUCGGGAGGUGUUCAGCCCUGACAGUGAGGAGCCCCCCCCCUGGCCCUCAGCCAUCGGGCCCGGCCCGGUCACGGUACCAAGCAGCGCUAGCAGCUGUGGAUCUGGUUCUGGAGGAGGAGACGUCCGCAGUCCGUCUCUGUCCAGUGACGAGCAGAGUUCUGAGGCCAGUCUGAUCCCAGAGGGCGGCGGCAGCGGAGGAGGAGGAGGAGGAGGAGGAGGCGGGACUCCUCUUCAUCCCGACACCCCCGACAACCUGACCCUCACGGUGCUGGACAGCGUGGCCGGGAAGCGAUACGUCCACUGCAAAGAAACUCUGCUGGAUGACUUCAUGUUGACACAUCCCAUCUUCCUGACAGCCGACAGGCUCCAGCAAGUUCUGCUGCAGCAAUUCACUCUGGAGACGGAGGGGAGGGAGGGCGAGAGGGGGAGGAGGGGGGGGGAGGUGGAGGCAGAGGGGGGGCUGGACGCAGCCGAGAGGAAGCAGGCGGUGCUGAACAUGGCGUUUAGAUACCUGGACACGUACAGAGAGCUGCUGCAGGAGGAGGGGGAGCGCAGCAACAACUUCCCCAAGGAGCUCUACCUGUGUGCGGUUCAGGAGUUGACUCGUCAUCCGGAGCUGGUGGACGACGUCCUGAAGCUGCAGAGAUGGGCCGAGAUCUUACACUGCCCGUCAGUUGAGGAGAAGGAGAGAAGGAAGAAGCAGGUCCGUCCUCUGUUCAGACACUUCAGGCGUAUAGACGCCUGCCUGCAGCCGAGGGAGGCCUUCAGAGGCUCCGACGAGAUCUUCUGCAGGGUCUACACUCCGGAUCAUUCCUACGUCACCAUCAGGAGCCGCCUGUCCUGUCGGGUCGGAGAGAUUCUGGCUCUGGUGCGAGAGAAGCUUCAGUACAGUGAGGAUCAACCGGUUCUGCCCAGAAACCUCAUCCUGGUGGCAGUCACGUCAGCCGGAGAGAAAGCCGUGUUCCGUCCCAGUGAUGAAGCCGUGUUCACGACACUGGGAGUCAACACACACCUGUUCGCCUGCGAGGCCUCGGAACUGGAGUCACUGCUUCCUCUUCCUGAGGAGAUCCACUGGACACCAGGUGACAGCAAACUCCACGACAUGUCUGCAGAGGAAGUAGCCAAUCAGCUGGUGGCGUUUGACUGGGAGCUGUUCAGCUGUGUGCACGAGGUGGAGUUUGUGUGUUAUGUGUUUCAUGGGGAGCAGUCGCGCUGGCGCCCCCUGAACCUGGAGCUGGUACUGCAGCGCUGCAGCGAGGUGCAGCACUGGGUCGCCACGGAGAUCCUGCAGUGUCACUCGCUGCCGAAGAGAAUCCAGCUGCUGCGCAAGUUCAUCAAGAUCGCAGCCCUUUGUAAGCAGCAUCAGGACCUGUUGUCGUUCCUCGCCGUCGUUCUGGGGCUGGACAACCCGGCCAUCGGCAGACUGCGACUCACCUGGGAGGGUCUGCCGGGGAAGUUCAGGAAGCAGUUUCAGCAGUUUGAGAGCAUUGCAGAUCCCUCCAGGAACCACAAGUCGUACAGAGACCUGAUCACCGGCCUCAGACCUCCUCUGAUCCCGUUCACACCUCUGCUGCUGAAAGAUCUGACGUUUCUUCACGAAAGCUGUAAAACGUUUCACGGGGAACUCGUCAACUUUGAGAAGAUGCAUAAAGUGGCAGAGAUGGUGAGAAUCAUCAGACGCUACAGGAGCAGUCAGCUCGCCAUGGACACAGAGACGUCCCCCUCGCACCUGCAGACGAAGGCGUACAUCCGUCAGCUGCAGGUGAUCGAUAACCAGAACCUGCUGUUUGACAUGUCCUGCAAACUGGAGCCCAAAGACACAUAGAGACAGGACGAGGACGUGUCACCACCAUCGUGACAGACAAACUGAAAGAGUCACAAUCAAAAGAAGCUCCUCCCCCUCGACGUCUUCUUCUGUUUCCUGGUUUUUCUUUUAGUUUUCUCCGGUCCAUGAAAAGCGCAGCGUCACACCGAGGGCGUCAAACUGACCCAGAACCUGUUCCUGUGAAGUCCGAUGAUCGUCACAGUGAAACAGGAAGAGGAAACACCCCCUCUUACUUCUGACCAAUCAGACGAGAGGCAGUCUGACCUCCUGUUGAUGAUGUCGCCCCAAAGCAAGCGACUCAAACCAAAAGGUUCCUGCGACGGGACGAGGACAGCGGCUGCUACAGAGUGUUGCAUUGUGGGUCGUAGAGCUGCGGUGUACGAUGAGCGAUUCCUUAUUGCCGACUGUUUGGAGCAACAGCUUAAAUUGUUUUCCUCUGAAUUCAACUCUUCAAAUUUCCAACAAGAAAUUUUCACUCUUGUUUUUCAAUGUUUACAAAUUCAAGGUUUCAAAUUUUUUCAAACAAUAUUUCCUCAACGUGCACAGAUUCCGAUCCUAGACUCCAGGGAUCGAUCAUGUGACGCUGGUGGAGGAAAGAACAGGAAACACUCCGACGUUUCUUCAGAAUCUGCAUUUUGAAAUGUUUGAUGGUCCCACUUUUUAAACUCAAACGAGGAGCUCGUGUUGAACCUGGAAUCGAACUCACGGCUUUGGUUCUCGUCAGAGCUGUCGCUGACCUCCGACCUCUGACGAGUGGCUCCUAUUGGCCGCCAUGUUUCUCGCAGAGCGGGUUCUGAUCCUCCAGGAGUUAACAUCAGCAGCGGCGGUGCGUUCACUGUCGUGUCUGUGCCGGACACACGGUGCGUUCAGGGGCCCGGUGGACGGUCGGGACACUGGACUUUCUUCGCUGGGUGAAAGUGUAGAUGCUGGUUUUCUACCAAACGUUGUUUCAGUGUUGAGACGUCGACUCUUCAGCUUUUGCUGCUUUUCGUUUGGAGACUUUAACGAUGGAGACGAACUUGAAACGUCUCCUGUUACGUUUAUGAUCAGUGUUUAAAGGACAAUUCCACUGUUUCAUGUGUGAACUCGUUUACUACAGAGAAAAGCUUCUCUGAUCUCAAUGUGGUUUGUUGCUUCCCGGCCUCAGAGCCACGGACGGAGGUCAAACGGGUUGAACUCAAAUAUUCUCUGUCUAUUUAAAGUGUUUUUUUGAAAAACUAAACAAAGGUUUUGUCUUUUGACAAAUGAAAGUGGUCGUAAGACGAUUGGACUGAUGAUGACCUGACAGCCAAUCAGACGAGUUUACAGGAUGACGUCACAGAUAAAUACAAACAUGCAUAAGAGACGACGGGGAAACGUUUGGGAUCCAGCGUCGGUCGCAUCCCAUCGACCGGUCGGCUUUUAACGGAGAGACCCCGCUGUCCUCCCAUUGGUCGAUCCGGUGGAUGUGGGCGGGCGGAGGUGAAGAGGAAGUGAAGCGGCUUCUCGCGGCAACGAAGCACUUUUGCAGAACCUCAGGUUUAGAGACACAGAGGUUGUGUUUACUCUUGAUUCAGUUGUGUUGUGUGUUUGUGCAGCUGAUCUCACUUCAGUCAUAUUUACUAUAAUAAUACAAGUUGUUGUUUCUAUGAUGUGAGUCUGAGUCCAGCUCCGACUUCAUUUAACUUUGGUUUAUGAGCAUCAGAUCGAAAAGAAAAAGAAAAAUGAUCCAUUUCGGAUGAAGCUACAUUUUGUUUAUAAGUUGUAAUUUUAUAACAAUAUUUUGAGAUAAAGUUCAUAUUAACACGA